CAAACGCAAAACUGUUGUUGUGGCAGUUGUGGCAGCGACAGAUGCAGCGUUGCAGCUUGCGGCAUGCCACAGGCAGUCGCUGACUGGAGUUCCGUUAAUAAUGUUGUUAAAACGCGAUGCGUUGAUAAGCGCUCUCGUUUUGACGCUCUAUUAUGUGGGCGUGGCUGUGGCCCACCACGAUCAACGCGAUUUUGUGACGAUGGGCGUCAAGAAGAGUCGACGUGGCAACACCAGAUCAUCAUCAGCGCCACAACGAUUCGGCGGCAUGGCCAUCGAUGGCAUUGGCUUCCACUAUACGCUACGCUAUCAGCCGGGCUUCCAUCUGCAGAAAUUCGCCCAGCAAAUGGAGCCGGAGAUGACAAUGGCGCCACCAGCACCACAAGAAAUGCCUGCCACAGAGAUGCCUGCAAUGCCCACAGAGCCAGCACCACCAGCCCCAACCACCAUGCCACCGGAUGAAGAGCCAGAGCCAACAAUACCCAUGCGUCCGACAACAGAGCCACUGCCCGAUCCACCACAGACAAUGCCACCAACUGAUAUGAUGCCCACUCCCGCUCCCUCGGAUAUGAUGCCAAUGCCAAUGCCAACACCUCGACCUUCGAUGCGACCUUCAGUGCCGCCCACACCGUCGACAACACGCAGCUCCAUCAUGCAGCCGCAAACGUUUCCCGGCAAACUGGCGCUGAAGCUGAAGCAGCUCAUCUUUGGCUCGCCAGUCGAGGCGAAUCUCAUACUGAAGCAGCCAAGCGCACCCAAAGCCAAGGGCAAGGGUUUCCUCAGUCUCUUCGAGGUGAUCAAGUUCCCGAACACCAAGUGCAGUGUCUCCAUGGGCGACAUACGCACCAUGGAAGGUGUUUGCUAUCACGAAUUCGAGUGCAAAAGCUUGGGUGGCAUUCCCACCGAGAGUUGUGCCGAUGGUGUCGGUGCCUGUUGCAUCUUUGUUAACGGUUGCGGCGAUGUUACCAGCCAACAGACCGUAUACUUCGAGAGUCCCAACUAUCCGCAAGCGGUGCGCGAAGUGAUGAUCUGUGUGCUGAUCGUUAAUGUGCGAAAAGGUGUGCAGCAGCUGCGACUCGAUUUCCAAAUGUUUGAGCUUAGUCGCCCCACCAAUGGCGAUUGCGUAGAUGAUCAAUUUAUUAUAUCAGGUCACAAUACUAAUUUUAAUAUACCUAUUCUCUGUGGCAUCAACACUGGUCAACAUAUUUACGUACACGUCGGAGACUCUAAUGAGGGGAAAGUGUAUUUCUCGGUAUUUGUCAAGGUCUCUGGCGGUGGUCGCUCCUUCAAUAUCAAGAUAACUCAGGUUGAUGAUGAUCUGGCGCCAGAUAAUUGCCUGCAAUAUUAUAGCGAUGGUGAAGGGAUUAUCAAGUCCUUUAACUACGAUGCGGAUGGCAGCAUUGUAAACAAUCGGGAGGCCACUUAUUUGAACAAUAUGAACUAUGCCAUAUGCUUGGCACGAUCCAAAAAUGUGUGUAGCAUCAGCUAUAAUACAGAGCAAUUGGGUGGCGAUCAGCCUGACUUUCAGAUCGUCAACAAGGAUGAGUCUGAGAAUGAUCUGGUUUCCGAUGGUCAGGCUGGCGCUGGUAUCUUCAAUUGCCCGGACGAUUUCAUAGCCAUCAAUUCGGUGCGAUUGUGCGGAGAGAGGUUCAACGAUGGCACCGAGAACGAGGAUUUCAACAUGCAUGCCACAGUGAGGGAUAUUGCCGCCGGACCCAUUGUGUUGCCCUUUCGCAGCGAUGCCGAAUAUGUGGGUCGCGGUUUUCGGCUCGUCUACAGGCAGGAAUUGUGUGUCUAAGAUGGAUACGCUAACGUAAAGUUUAUUAUCGUUAUCGUUACGGUUACAGCUACGGUUGGAUUUACUGUUAGUGUUACUGUUAGCAGAUCAUAGACUGUGUGUAUGAUGACGUUGUUGUUUGCAUUAAAGUGUGUUUUUUGGAAUAUGUUACGCUUCAGUCCAAAUCUUGAAUCCACUUGAGGCGCCUUUCGUUUGCGUUGCUAUGGGAAAACUUGACAUGCAUGCGACCAUUUCCGUUCCCUUAGC